CAAACAGAUCUAACUACACUUCUGCACCAAAAAGUCCAAAAUAAUUUUUUUUUUUUCCUUAAAACCCUAAAAUUCUUUAACUCUUUGUAGUGUCUUCCCCCCUUACUCUCCCAACUUCUCUUCCCCCUUUUCCAACCUUCAGCCUCCCCCCUACCCCGAACCCCCACCCCAACCACCCCACCCAUCUUCUUCACUUCAGUGAACACAGACACUAUUUGACAAAAAGGCAUUCUUGAAAAAGGUUUUUUUCAAGAAUUGAAGAAUUCAUUCAUAAUUUUCAAGAAUCUUGGAGUUGUAAUGGAUUCUCAAGAAUCACAAGGGGGUCAUCACCAGAACCAAAAUCAACACCCCCAUCACCAACAACAACACCCCCAUCAUCUUCAUUCUUAUGGUGGACAUCCCAUGAUGAUGACGCGUCCACAACAACAACAACAACAUCAACAUCACCAACUGCAACAGCAGCAACAUCACCAGCAGCAACAAGCGAACUCGUACGUUGUACCCAACAAUGUUCUUCCAACACACAACAACAACAAUUCAGCAAUGAUGCAACAGCUCCAGCAUCAACAGCAGCAGCAGCAACAGAAUUCUGGGUUUCCCUUUAAUUCUGCCCCGGUGGCGCAGGGGCAACAAGCAAAUCUUGAUUACUCAGAUGCGGCGUCAUCACCUAGGGCUAAUACUAGUGGAUUUAACAUUGAGCCGGCUAGGAAGAAAAGGGGUAGACCAAGAAAGUAUUCACCUGAUGGUAACAUUGCUUUGGGGCUAUCACCUACUCCUGUUACCCCCAUUUCAUCCGUGGUGCCACCUGCGGAUUCCGGAAGUGGCGGCGGCGGCGGCGGCGGUGGUGAUACAGAGGGUCCUUCUUCGGAGAACCCAUCAAAGAAGGCCCGUGGAAGGCCUCCUGGUUCUGGAAAGAAGCAGCUAGAUGCUUUAGGUGCAGCUGGAGUUGGCUUUACACCCCACGUGAUCACAGUGAAUGUUGGGGAG